AAGCGGGCGCGGGCGUGCAGGGCUGGACUGGGUUGUGCGGUGCUGUGCGUCCGCGGGACACCGGCACAACCGACACCUCCAACACCUCCAACACCACCGGCACCGACCGCUCCUCCCUGUUCCCCCCCGCCCCGGCUGGAGCCGCCAUGGUGAACCUGCGGGUGUGCGCCCUGGAGUGCGAGGCGCUGCGGGGGCUGCUGCAGGAGCGCGCUGCGCAGUGCCUUGUCCUCGACUGCCGCUCCUUCUUCUCUUUCAACGCCGCUCACAUCCGCGGUUCCUGCAACGUCCGCCUCAGCACCAUCGUCCGCCGCCGCGCCAAGGGCGCCCUGGCCCUGGAGCACGUCGUUCCCAACGAGGAGCUCCGCGCCCGCCUGCGCCAGGGGCUGGUCCACACCGUGGUGCUGCUGGACGAGCGCAGCGCCGACCUGGAGCUGCCCAAGCGCGACAGCACGCUGCUGCUGGCCCUCGGCACCCUCUGCAGGGAGGCCCGCGGCGCCCGCAUCUGCUUCCUCAAGGGAGGUUACGAAGCUUUCUCCUCCGCCUGCUCCGAGCUCUGCACCAAGCCGGCCGCCCCCACGGGGCUCAGCCUGCCCCUGAGCGCCAGCAGCGCGCCCGGCAGCGCCGACUCGGGGUGCAGCUCCUGCGGCACCCCGCUCUACGACCAGGGUGGGCCGGUGGAAAUCCUGCCGUUCCUCUACUUGGGCAGCGCUUACCAUGCCUCCCGAAAAGACAUGCUGGAUGCUUUGGGGAUCACGGCAUUAAUCAACGUCUCAGCGAACUGUCCCAACCACUUCGAAGGGCACUACCAAUAUAAAAGCAUCCCCGUGGAGGACAACCACAAGGCAGAUAUCAGCUCCUGGUUUAACGAGGCGAUUGAUUUCAUAGACUCUGUUAAAAAUGAUGGAGGAAGGGUAUUUGUGCACUGCCAGGCUGGCAUCUCCCGGUCAGCAACCAUCUGCCUUGCUUAUCUCAUGAGGACCAACAGAGUCAAACUGGAUGAAGCCUUUGAGUUUGUGAAGCAGAGAAGAAGCAUCAUCUCCCCAAACUUCAGCUUCAUGGGACAGCUGCUUCAGUUUGAAUCGCAGGUCCUUGCCCCCAACUGCUCAGCAGAAGCUGGUAGCCCUGCUAUGUCAGUAUUGGACAGAGGAGCAUCAACCACCACGGUCUUUAACUUUCCAGUCUCCAUCCCUGUUCACACCUCAUCCAGUGCUUUAAGCUAUCUUCAGAGCCCCAUCACCACUUCCCCAAGCUGCUGAAAAGCAGGUGAAAAUAUGGUCAGAACUCAGACUUACUGUCUCAGAUGUGCAAUAACUACAGGGACAGUGUCAUCAGACGCUUGCGUUUUGUGGGGAACCAUCCAUGCAUCCCAGAAGAGUGUCAUAAAUGGAGAGGAGCUUACCUGAUGCCAGAGAACGAGGUGUUAGUGACUUUUCUGCUGACUUUUAAAGCCAAUACCUGGAUGUCUACGCAGAGAUUGAAGGACACUGUUUCUUCCUGAGCUGUUCCUCCUUGUUUGUCUGUCCUAAGCCUGCUCCACGUUUAGUAGCAUGCUCACCAGUAUUCCCAUUCCUGGACACUUUGAGCAAAACUGAUGCUGUCCCUUUUUAUGACAGUCCUAUUUAUUUAUUUUUACAUUAGUGCAUUGUUUUUUUGCCUUCACAAACAUAGUUUCAUUUGUAGAAAAACAAAAUACCUCAGUAUUUUUUGGUACUGUAAUCCUGUGUGUAUAUAUGUCAGCUCUUCUUGUUUCCCAAGCACUGACGUGAAAGCACCAGGCGAGUGCUUUUUUGAGUUGCCAAGGGUUGUAUGUUUGAUUUAUUUAUGAUGUGAAAUAAUAUAUUUCUUCUUAUGAAGACAUAGUUUUGUUACAUGAUUAACUUUUUUAUACAAACAGAAUAAAUUAUGAUAUUUCUAUCGUG